AUGGUUAGACGGGGCAGAGAGAUGUCCAGCCCCGGGGGCGAUGCCAGCCUGGAGCCUGGGGUCAAGGAGAUGAACGAGACGUGGAAAGGGGCGAUCGCCUGCCUCGGGGUUGCCUUGCUCUUCCUGAUGACUAUCGGAGUCCUUUACUGGCAGGUGGUGGAGAAACCGAACACUGACUGGAUCCUGAAGGGCCAGUUCAGCGGGCUGGUGUGGGACAGGAAGAGCUUGUCCCUCUCACUGAGAUCUCUCAACCAGGACAAGAUUUUCACUGAGAUCGACCACCGGCAUUUGCCGGACACUGGAGUCACUCUGCUUAAAAAUCUCUGCUGGUUUAACCGAAGCCAGUUCUGCUCCACUUGGGACGGAGUGACUGAACUCCAAGUCUUACUGGAACCAUUGAACCAGAGUGUGGCAGAAUGUUACCGAGUGGAGUGGACACCCAGACAUUGCCGAGUGUCUCUCAAGGAUUGUUUCUCUAUGGUGAAUGUGUCCUGGUUCGGAGGAGGAAGCAUGCAAUCACAGUACUGGCCCAUAAAUAAUGCUGACAUUGACUCCCAGCCAUUCAUCAUCAGUGACCUUCAGGACACCCCCACAGGUUAUGGAUCUGUGUUAGAGAGGUACUUCCUUGGAUCAACAGGUGUGGCUGUGCGGGUUCAUCAGGAAGUCCCGUUGCACGUUGGGAUUACCAGCAGGAAGUGGCUGUGCCUGGGAAUUCCACCCAGCACUGAGAUGGUGCCUCUGAGGUACACAGUGUGUGUCAGUGACAGCCUCACAACAGUCCACCAGCAAGUUGGAAGUAUGAUCCCUGCAGCCCAGUCUGCCCUCCCAGACACCAGUAUCUUACAAUUUCCUUUCUGGAGGUUACAGAAAGCUGCUGAUGUGGUCCAGAAAGUCGAGCACAACCUGAAGUCAUUGUCCAACAAACUGAAGCAGCAUCGGCUAGGAGACGGAGUGAUAGAUCUCAAUGAGCAAUCGACACAGCUGCUGUUUGGAGAGGUAGAUGACACUGCGCAAUCAGAGAGCAGAUACCUCGACCUGCGGCAGCUAAAAUUAUCCUUAACGCUCUCCCCUUACACCAGCAUUGACUCCAACCAGUUCCGGACAACCCUACAGGAAGGGAGGGAGAGAUUCUGGCUUAGUCUCCCAGCAACAGCAAACUCAUCUCCUGCCCCCCUCUUGAUGAAGUGGAGGGGAAACUUUGCUGUGAAGCUGAACCUCAGCAGUGAGGAGGCAUGUGACUGGUUCCUUGCUCAGGCCCACAGGCUUCAGAGAAUGUUGGAGGUGAAAUAUCUGACACUGGAUGGAGGAGAGGGAAGCCCCUUUAUGGAUCGGUUGCAGCAGUGUUCCUGGCAGCUCAGCAGUGAUGAGUACAUCACCCAGUUCACACUGCUGGCUGAGAAGCUGGGGAAUACAACCAUUAUAACUACUGCUACUCGGACUGCUCAUUUACCUGUGUUUGUUCGGAUGGCUCCUCGACGGUCAGAUUGGAGUUACGCAGGAUUGAAGGGCCUCAUUCCCACGGUUCUUCAUUACAGCUUGCUGGGAUACAGUUUCUUCAUUCCGGAUACAGUAGGAGGCUCACUGACGGAUGGAUUCCUAGCGGACGAGGAGCUGUUUGUUCGCUGGCUGCAGGUUGUGACCUUCCUACCCGUGAUGUCAUUCAGUACUCCACCCUGGGCCUUUGGGGAGAGCUGGAUUGUGAAUGUGACCCGGUCAUACAUACACAGACACCAGACUUUUGUUGCGCCACUCAUUGUGAAACAGACAGCAGUGCUGGCAUCCCUGGGGCAACCUGUGUUUCGGCCAGUGUGGUGGGUUAGCCCAGAUGACCCAAGAACGUUCACCCUUGAUGAUGAGUUUCUGAUUGGUGAUGAGGUACUGGUGGCACCAGUGACAGAGCAAGGCAGAGUCCAUAGGGAUAUCUACUUGCCAGGAACCAGCUACCUGUGGAAGGAUGUGAACACAGCGCAAGUGUUUGAUGGUGGAACUCUUCUGCAAGAUUACCCAGUGGCUCUGACCGACGUGGCAGUUUUUGUCAGACAGAAGUCCCGAAAUACUCCAGCAUUUGAGAGCCAGUGAACAGCACCCUAGACCUGAGAGACCAAAACUGUUUCCAAUUCUAGGACAAUCACAAGGCCUUUCCUUACUGACUAUAGUUUGGCUGUGGGCAGCGCCC